CGUUCCCAAUCUUCGCUCUUACUGUUAUGUUACGUGGAUACAUAGUCACUUCCUUCCGUAGAGACAGGACAGAAUGAGUGGGAAUUUAAAAGUCUGCGACAUCGACCCGGUGGUCAAAGAAAAAGUAGAAAAAUUUCGUCUUCGUAAAGAGAAAACCAUAGCCGCCAUUGUCCUCAAGAUUGACCCUGACAAACACCUAGUAGUCAUAGAUGAGGAACAUGAGGAUAUAUCUAUUGAUGACUUAAGAGAGGAACUACCAGAUCACCAGCCUCGCUAUGUGGUACUUAGUUAUGUUUAUAAACAUGAUGAUGGAAGGGUUUCUUAUCCUUUUUGUUUCAUCUUCAUUUCUCCCCAAGGUUGUAACCCAAAAUUUCAUGUGAUGUAUUCUGGCACAAAGAACAGCCUUACUACAGAACUGAAGCAAACCAAGGAUUUUGAAUUAAGGUCUGUUGAAGAGUUGACUGAGGAAUGGCUGAAAGAGAAGCUCCGUUAAUCUGCUGUACUUACCAUUUGUUCACAGUCAUUACAAACAAUAUUGUAACUUUUUGGGUAUAUUUUUUUUCAUUGACAAAUUGAAUUGAAUGCCUUUGGAGAAAAAUUUAUUAAAUAUCAUUCAUCAAA